AUGUUCUCAUUCACAAGGACACUCGGCGCUCGCCUGUCAGGCGUCACCGCAAGAUUCGCCUCCACAGCCGCCAAUGCCGCCAAGCCAACAUACAAAGCGCCAGCAUCUGUCACAGUACCAACUCAGUUCAAACCCAACACCAAGGGACAGGGAUUGAUGCAGCUUAUCGCCAAGGAGGAAGUCAAGCGUAUGGGUGCCGACGGGCGCUCGAAACUUUUCAACAAGUCUCACCCCGACUGCCUCCGCGCCGGUGAUGUUGUCCUUGUUGAGACCCUCAACUCGAUGUCGGCAGACAAGACCAGCACAUUCGUCGGUGUUCUCAUUGCUAUGGAUCGCAGGGGUCUUCACAGCAACUUUACCGUCCGCAACGUUGUGUUGAAGGUCGGCGUCGAGAUGAAAUAUAUGCUCUACUCGCCUAUGAUCAAGUCAGUCAGGAUCAUGAAGCGUGGAGAGGGAUUCAGGAGGGCGAAGCUUUUCUACCUGCGCGACAACCCAGGCCGUGCCUUCCGUCUGGAAGGUUUGGUCAAGCAGGACAAGGCAGCUCAGGCCAAGAAGGCGGCCAAGUCGGCAUAA